GGAGAUAGGUGUGUGACUAAUUUCAGUUCCUACUGUCGUUAGUUGGCGACAAAAGUUUUUAAUAAGCAAUCCGAGAAGGCAGAAAAUGAAAUAUCCUUUUUGGUCGAAGCUCCUGGUAUUGCUAUUAUUCCUCGGUGGAAGCAUAUCAAGUUUCAGUUUAACCCCUCAACUGAUUCACAAAUGGGUUUCGGGUCCCAAACACAUUCCGCCUGGCGUUCUCAUCUACCAUCCCGAAGUGCUGAAGGCCCUCGAAACGCUUGCAGUUUUAACAGAUGGUGAAACCCACAAGGAGUUUGAUGGCUUGCAUGUAAGACCUCUUCCGAAAAUAAAUCAGGACUUGUGGGUUAACUACACGAAUACGCUGCUCUUGAAAGCGGGCACUGAAGUACUCGAUUCCGGAAGAAAAGCUAUCGAAAACCUAGCCGCCCUUCAGUUUAUAGACUUCACCUACCCGAGGCGCAGUCUCUUUAAGUUCAACGAAGCCUUGAAGGAUACCCACCAGAAUUCCUACUUUCCCUCGGUCCUGCAGCGACGGUAUAUACACUGGGACACCCAACUGAUAUCCGUGGGAACCGCCACAAUGACCGCCCAAUGGGUCCACAAUUUCGAGCCCAAGAACUCCGGACUACGGGUCUUCCACUGCCAACUUGAUGAACACGGCGGGACUCGACCGGUGGCCAUUGACGCGAUGUCCAUACAAGGAAACUUCCUCUUCAGUGAGUUCGAUGGAGUGCAACUGCUGCACCUGCCGCUGAAGCACAAUCUCACCCUGAUCAUUCUACUGAGUCCCGAGUUGGUCGGAAAGAAACCCUACCAGAUACCCAAUCACUACGACCCCCUCGAACUUUUGAAAAUGGGAACGAUGAAGAUCGUGAGGGUGCAGAUACCCAAGAUCGAGUUGGAAUAUCGCGCCGAACUUGUGCCCAGAGCCCUCGACGGAAUGGGCAUUCGACACGUGCAUCGAAAAAAUGCCGACUUCAGCAAACUGACGUCCAGCAAAAUUAGGUUAUCAAGCAUGGUGCAUGCAACGUCCAUUCGCAUCGAUGAGUUCGGCAUAAACGAGGAGCCUUUUGAAAUCCGCAGCUCUUCUUCUCCGGAGUCAGAGAAUCAGAUGUUCAUUGCCAAUCGACCAUUCUUCUUCUCUAUUGUUAACAACACGCAGGUCCUCUUCAGCGGGGAGUUCUUAGGUCCCUAGGACCUUAAUAAAAAGUCACUGAAAUUUGUAAAAAUCUCUAUAAAUAAACAGACUUCCAAGUGCUGACAGCUUA